AAUGCGCGUCCCCGACAGCGGAAGUUGCAGACAGAGCUCGUGGUCUGGUGAACCGGUGGAAAAAAGAUAACGGUGGUGGAGCGGAAAAAAUGCUUUUACGUGGAAUAAAAUAGCUAUAUGUAUGUAUCUCGAGUUCUUCUUCCCCAAUAUUCAAAGAUCCCUCUAUCUGCCGACCUCUCUUUGUGACUAGAACUGCCUGAACAGCGAGAGUGUGUGUGUUUCGGACCAGGGUGACUGUGUGUGAAGAAUACACUCUGUGUUUGUGAGGCCCUGUAGGUGACACCUCCAGACCCCAGAGUGAGGAUUGUGUGUGACAAUGGGGGACAUCAGUGAUCUGGACAGACGGAUAGAACAACUUAAGCGUUGUGAACUCAUCAAGGAAAAUGAAGUCAAAGCACUGUGUGCCAAGUCCAGAAUCUCCCUGUAACACAGAGGGUGGAUUCUCCAGUUACUACCGACUCAGAUUAAGUCUGAGGCCGGUAACAUCAACAGUGAGGACAAACCCAGCCUGCCUCUCCUUCCACACUGAGUAGAAACCUACAGUCACUGGGUCCUGAUUGUGACAGUGGAGCCCAGUUUGCCUUGCAGGAUCCAGAGAUGGCAUCAGUGAAGCUGGAAGACUGCAGUCAAACACUGGAGCUGAAUGUCAACAUUAAAGAUGAAGAGGAGGAGAACAUUAGGACAACUGUUAGUCAUGGAGACCAUGUUGAGACAUUCUCUACAUCCAGAGAGCAACAGCAGGAAGAUCAUAGAGCUAAGAGGUCUCAUCACUGCCCACAUUGUGAAAAGAUUUUCCCAUUUCUAUCAAAGCUAAAAAUACACCUAAAAAUACACACAGGAGAGAAGCCUUACUCCUGCUCUGACUGUGGAAAAUGCUUCAAAACAUCAACGGUGCUAAAACUUCAUCAGAGAACACACACAGGAGAGAAAUCUUUCUUCUGCCCUGACUGUGGAACGAGUUUCUCUCAAAUUUCCCACUUAAAAUCACAUGAACGUAUACAUACAGGGGAGAAGCCUUACUCCUGCUCUGACUGUGGGAAAUGUUUUAAAACAUCAAAUGACCUAAAAGCUCAUCAGAGAACACACACAGGAGAGAAGCCUUUCUUCUGCCCUGACUGUGGAACGAGUUUCUCUCAAAUUUCCCACUUAAAAGCACAUGAACGUAUACAUACAGGUGAAAAGCCUUAUGUCUGCUCUGACUGUGGGGCGAGUUUCUCUCAUCUGGGCACCUUAAAAACACACCAACGUAUACACACAGGAGAGAAGCCUUACUCCUGCUCUGACUGUGGAAAAUGCUGCACAACAUCAACUGAUCUAAAAGUUCACCAGAGAACACACACAGGAGAGAAGCCUUAUUUCUGCUCUGACUGUGGGGCGAGUUUCUCUCAUCUGGGCACCUUAAAAACACACCAACGUAUACACACAGGAGAGAAGCCUUACUCCUGCUCUGACUGUGGAAAAUGCUUCACAACAUCAACUGAUCUAAAAGUUCAUCAGAGAACACACACAGGAGAGAAGCCUUAUUAUUGCUCUGACUGUGGAAAAUGUUUUAAAACAUCAAAAGAGCUAAAAGUUCACCAGAGAACACACACAGGAGAGAAGCCUUUCUUCUGCCCUGACUGUGUAAAAUGUUUUAAAACAUCAACUCAGCUCAAAGUUCAUCAGAGAACACACACAGGAGAUAAGCCUUACGUCUGCUCUGACUGGAACUAGUUUCUUGGAACUUUCCAACUUAAAAUCACAUGAACAUUUAUCUAUGAAUUUCAUAUUACUGGGCAGGGGCUCAGCCAUGGGUGGGACUUGGGAGGGCAUAUAGGCCCACUUGGGAGCCAGGCCCAGCCAAUAAGAAUUAGUUUUUCCCCACAAAGGUCUUGAUUACAGACAGAAAUACUACUCAGCCCCCUCAGACAAUCCUGCGGGUGAAGAGGUCCUGGGCUGCCGUGGUUACAUGUGCUCUGCAGUUGUGAGGCCUGUUGGAUGUACUGCCAAAUUCUCUAAAAGGACGUUAGAGGUGGCUUAUGGGAGAGAGAUAAAUAUUGAAUUCUCUCCUGCAGUCAUCAUGACAAUUGCACAUUCCCUGAACUUGGGACAUCUGUGACAUUAUGUUGUGUGACCUUUUAAUGUCCCCCCAGCACAAGGUGCACCUGUGUAAUGAUAAUGCUGUUUUAUCAGCAUCUUGAUAUGCCACACAUGUCAGGUGGAUGGAUUAUCUUGACAAAGGCUGAAAUGCUCACGAACAGGGAUAUAAACAAAGUUGUUCACAACAUUUGAGAGAAAGUAGCUUUUUCUGCACAUGGAACAUUGCUGGAGUGUUUUAAUUCAUCUCAUGAACCAACACUUACAUGUUUUAGUUUAUAUUUUAGUUCAGUUUACAUUGGUAGGCCAAUAUAAUGUAACUUAACAUACUAAAUGGAGUGGCACGGAUGUUUUUGUAAUACAGAAUAAGUUUUGCUCAGAGACCAGGUUGUCCCUCUGCAGUAUUCUGUGGGAAUGAGCUAGUAGACACUAAUUUAAAAAUGUGUUGAACCUUUAACUAGGCAAGUCCAUUAAGAACAAAUUCUUUUUUACAAUGAUGGCCUAGGAACAGUGGGUUAACUGCUUUGUUCAGAGGCAGAAUAACAGAUUUUUACCUUGUCUGCUCGGGGAUUCGAUCUAGCAACCUUUUGGUUACUGGCCCGACGCUCUAACCACUAUGCUACCUACCGCCCCUAACAUGUAUCAGAUAGAGAUGGUGUGAUGAUCACUUUUCACCAUUAGUUUGGGGGGAUGAUUUUACAACUGUAUUUAAUGAUACACAGUUUAUGAAAUGAAUACAUGUUUAUUAAUAAUCUUUAAAACUAGAUUAGUUAUUUUAGUUACUGAUCAUGAUUGUGUUGGAUAACUGCAUUGAAGCAAACUUUAUUGAUCUGCCAAUGAAAAAAAAAGUUACAUGAAUAUGUACUGGUCAACCUCCUCUUCUCUUUAGUAUUCAGUUCUUCAUAUUAGAUCUGACAGUAUGAAUGGUUC